CUUAAAUAUAUAUAUGUACAUAUGCAGAUAGCUAAAUUUUUAUGAAAAAAAAUUAGAAGCGCAACAGAUCAAUCGAUAACAUGAAUUGGCAUACAGUUUUGUUAAGUAUACUGAUUUUUAAAAGAGGAAUUUGUUAUAAUAAAUGUAAGCCGAACAUAGCAAUUGUUGGAGGUGGCAUUGGUGGUGCAGCGACUUCUCACUUUCUCACAGAAAUAUUUAAUAAUAACCUUGAUAUCGAUUUAUACGAAGCGAAAACUAUCGGCGGACGCUUGGCCACGGUAAAAAUUGAUAAUAAUGAAUUCGAAGCUGGGGGUUCAAUCAUACAUCCUCGAAAUAAAUAUAUGCAAGAUUUUGUUCAACUGCUUGGUUUACAGCAUAGACCAUCUAAAAAUCAGAGAACAAGUAUUUGGAAUGGCAAUGAAAUUGUAUUUGAAGAAAGUAAUUGGGAAAUAUUAUCAUUAGUCAAAUUAAUCUAUAGAUAUGGAAUUCAACCGUUUAGUCUCAAUAGACAUGUAAUUUCUGUAAUAAAUGACUUUGAAAAAAUAUACCAUCUACAGAAUAAUGGAGAAGCUUUUGUGAAUAUUAGUAAUCUGCUACUAUCUGUGAAUACUGGAUUUUCGAAAUUGUUAAAGAAAUCUAUCAAAAAUGAGCUUUUAGAUCUAGGUUAUUCAGAAAAGUUAAUUGACGAACUUGUGAAAACAACACUGGUAGUAAAUUAUGGGCAAGACACAAAUAUUCAUAGUUUUGUUGGCUUUGUAUCUUUAGCUGGAGCAGGUUCUAAUUUGUGGUCUGUUAAAGGAGGAAAUAAAAAGGUACCUGAACAUUUAAUAUAUAGAAAUAAAUAUGUAAAUGUUAUAUCUUCACAAGUGAUGAAAAUUGUUUACAUACCACACGAUGAUAGUCCAGAUGUAUAUGAAGUACAUUCUUGUGCGCAAAAUAGUACAGUUAUAAUGAAGGAAGCAUAUGAUAUUGUAAUUCUGGCAAUUCCACUUUUUAGUAAUCAAGAAUUUCCUAUAAUUUUUGAAGGCUUUCCAAACAAUGAUUUUUAUAAUUCUGCAGAAUACCAUGAAACUAUAGCUACAUUUGUCAAAGCAGAUUUAAAAUCACACUAUUUUGGUUUGGAAGAAGAAUUAGAUAAUAUUUUAAGUUGUAAUCCUAACAAAACAAUAAUUAGUUCUUUGGGAAGAUUAAACUCUGUAGAAGGUUCAAUGAAAAGUAGUAACAUUUGGAAAAUAUUUAGUAAUAAACCAUUAAAAUCCAAUAUUAUAAAUGAAAUGUUUUUAAAUGUUCAGGAAAAAAAACAGAUAACUUGGAAGGCAUAUCCUGAAUAUAUAACAAGAAUUCCUGAAGCAAAAUUUAAAUUGCACGAUACACUCUAUCAUGUUAAUGCUAUUGAAUUGAUAGCUAGUGCAAUGGAGAUGAGUGCAAUAGGUGCAAAAAAUGUUGCAUUAUUAGCAUAUAAGGAUUUCUCUGCAAAGUUUUGUUUUGAAAGAAUUAUACAAAGAAAUUUGUCUACCAAAAAAUUAUCUAUUGAAUUAUAAUAUAAUAUCAAUACAAAA